UGAAGGCUGAGGAACCAAUCUCUAAAGAAAAGAUCUUUUGGAGACUAAGGAGGCAGAUCCUUUGGGUCACCUUCCCAUGAGAAACCGGAUGUAUAUAAGAGAGAUCCUCAUGCUAUGAUCUAGACUCUUCAUCUUUCGUCUUCCCAUGAAUACUCCCUGCACUAUCUGUCUUCAUGUGCACUGCAGCAUGAAAUGGUGUACUGCAGCCAGUGAGAUACAGGAAGACUCAACAGAAGAAGGGGGUGAGAAUUAACAAGAAAUUAGCUAAAGGGAAGAAAUUGACCAAAUAGAUGGCGACAGCAAAUAGCACCAAAGUCCAGGAAUUCAUUUUGGUGGGCUUUGGAGAUGGGGAGAAGAAACGCUUACUGCUCCUCAUUUUUUUCACUACUCUCUACAUCCUUACUUUGGCUGAGAACAUCAUCGUUAUCACCAUAGUGGUCCUGGACACCAUCUUGGCCCAUCUUCCCAUGUACAUCUUGCUGAGCAACUUCUCCUGGUUAGAGAUGUGUUAUGUGAGCACAACUGUGCCUCGUAUGAUCUUGGACCUGAUCUCACCAAAUGGGACCAUCUCCUUCCAUGCCUGCUUCCUUCAGUACUACAGCUUUGUUAGUCUUGGUUCCACAGAGUGCUUUUUCCUUUCAACCAUGGCCUUGGAUCGCUAUUUGGCUAUCUGCCACCCACUACGCUACCCCUAUAUCAUGUCUCCUCAUUCCUGCUAUGCCCUUGUGGCUAUCUGUUGGAUUCUUGGCUUUUUGUGGAAUCUAAUCCCAGUUGUUAUGAUCUCCAAGUUGGAUUUCUGUGGCCCUAACAUCAUUGAUAAUUUGAUAUGCGAUCCUGGACCCAUCCUUUCCUUGGCUUGCUCUCCACUUGGAAAUAUGCUCCUUCAUUAUCAAUUUGCAAUGAGCUCUCUAGUCAUCAUACUCAACCUGUUCUUUGCUGUGUUAUCCUACAGUGCUGUGGUUCUCACCUUGGUGAAAGCCACUCACCAAAGCGGCAGUAAGAAGGCCUUCUCCACCAUCUCCUUCCAUCUCAUGGUGGUCACCCUUUUCUAUGGUUCCGUAGCAGGGAUGUACAUAUACCCAAGUGCGGAAAACGAGUCGGGUAUCAAAAAUUUAGUUACUGUCUUCUACACUGCCAUUAUACCCUUUCUCAAUCCCAUGAUCUACUGUUGGAGAAAUGAUCAGAUGAAGGAGGCCCUGGACAGGGUACAUAGAAGUAAGGUAGCUUUACUGAGAUUUAACCCAAAUAAAUGUUAGGAAACUAGAAGAAAAUAGCACAAAUAUAACUAAUCAUCCAAUCAGUGAGAUAAACAAGUGUUGUCGCAGUUUGGAAAACAGCAAUAUUGUUUUCUCAUGAAUACCUUAUCCCCGUUUCAUCCAUCUCUUUGCUUUCUUAGUUUCAGUUUUAGUAUAGAUUUUAAUAAUAUUUUGAGGGGCAUCAUGGCUCAGCAGUUAAAGAUGCUGAACUUGACAGUUGGAAAGCUGACAGCCCAGGUUUGAGACUCGAGCACUAUACCACAGAGUGAGCCCCCCGUUUUUGCCCCAGCUCUUGCCCACUUAGCAGUGAAGCAUACAAAUGCAAGUAGAUAAAUAGGUACCAAUUGCAACCAAUACAUGAGACAAAUGUCACGUUAAUUAAAAAACAAGAUCCGCGAACACUGGCUGGCAGUCAAACACCACGAUCCUAAACCCUCAAUGUCUACUCACACCAACACCAAACAGCACCAGUUCAAUCUGAGUAACACAAAAAUCAUUGGCCAUGCUACCACCCGUCACACUCAUGAAUUCAUCGAAGCCUGGCACUCCACAAGCAAUUUCAUCCACAGACACAUUGACUUACAACCAGCCUAAGAACCCAUCAGGAUCCAAAUCAACUACAUAGCCAACCAGAGACAGCAGCAACCCUCAACCAACCCAGGCAAGCCCCCUCUUACCUGCCACCAGUAGUUCACCUCCCAAUGAUCCUGACCUGAGGUAACCUCCCCAUCACAAGACCCAUCACAAGCCCUUCACUGAUGACUCACACCUGGCCCAUCACAAAACUCAUCACAAGACGCUCACAUGACACACCCACACCUGAAGCCCUUAUAAACAUAAGAACACUGAUAUCCCCUAAACUCUACUGAAGGUGUUAGCUAGCCUGGUAACAAAACGUUCAGAAAUCAACCCAUACACUCAGCGAAUGAACCUUCACCCUCAUUCUACACCCAAACUACAGAUAUUUGCCACUAUUGCAAAUAGGUACCACUUUGGCGGGAAGUUAACCGUGUUCUUUGCACCUUAGUGUGUAGUCAUGCUGACCACAUGACCACAGGAAUGUCUUCAGACAACGCAGGCUCCCUCGACUAAGAAACAGAGAUGAGCACUCUCCCACUAGAGUCCAAUGCAAAUGGGGAAACUUUCAUCUUUACCUUUAUAAUAUUUUAAUCUGUGUAGCUUUAAUGUUUUAACGUUCUAAUUAUGUUUUACUUGUUUUAUAACUUGUAAGCCACCCAGAAUCACCUUGUAGGUGAGAUGUGCGACAUAAAAAUGUAAUAAAUAAAUAUUCUUGUGAAAUAUUUUGCAUGGUAUAAUCAUGCAAUGCAAAAUCUUACUGGGAGAUUAAAAACAGGUGUAUUUAUUUAGCUUUUUAGCCAACCUCCCUUUUUUUCAGAACUAUUUCUAUUUCAUGUCGGUCUCUUUUCAUGCAACAUAGUUGCAGCUAAGCUAUAAAAAGUCUGACAGCCAAGUUUCAUUAAUGCUUUUUACAACCCCCCCCCUUUUUUUGCUUUAUCUUGUUGUGUUAUCUCUGAAAGAGGGAAAACUGCUGAUAAAUAAUCUAUGAUACUUGCCUCUUCUCUCAUUCAACUGUCAUUUUCUCUUCCUACAAGAAAUGGAAAAACCUGAGGAUUGUAUAUGUGUGUUUUAAUUAAAUUGUUGUGUAGCUAUGAAAAUGACAGUGUAUUUGAGGUCAAAAGCAAAAUGUACUUAAUGCAAGAUAUAAAAAUACUUUUAAUUAAAUGUGCAAUAUUCAGCCAUGGAUUUCUACAUUUGGUGUUGAUAUUUCAAAAUGCUUGCCUUAUUUUUUUUUAAUGAAUAUAUGAUAUAUAGCCGGAUUAU